AUGACGAAUCAAAUGUUAUUGAAGGUGCUAUACGUACUAUGCUUGAUCUUGGGUAUGAGCUUGACAAGUUACUGCGAUGCUCGUAUUCUUAAACAAGAAAAUCAUCAAGCUACAGAAAAGAAAUUAGAUUUCUCACCAUUUUCAUCCGCAAACAUCCCUGUAGGUUAUCCUUUUGCAGGUUUUCCUACCCCUGGUUUCCCCCAUCCCCCAAACUCAGGCCAUAGUGUUGCAGAUUUUCCUAUCCCUGAUUUCCCGCCUCAACCCCCAAGUUGUGCUCCAAUUCCUCCUAAUCUUCCUGAUGACCCUUUUCCAGGACCAAAAUUUGAUUCCAAAUUUCCAAUUAUUCCCGGUUUCCCAUUUCCAGGACCUAUCUAUGGGCUUCCUCCUAUUCCUGAUUUCCCUCCAGGAAUGAUUCCCGAAAUUCCCGAUUUUCCAUUUCCAGGACCUGCCUAUGGGAUUCCCGAAAUUCCACCAUUUGUUCCUGGGGAACCUAUAGAAGGUCCAGCUGAAGCACCAAGUCCUAGCGCCCAACUAGCGAGUGAUGAGUCCUAG